AUGUACGAUCCAUCAUCCAGUGCUAAUAUCAGCGAAGCAACAAUUGAUCAUUUUUCGUUAAAUUGGACAGUUGAUUUUUGUAAAUGUCAAAUAUUUGGAAGUGUUGUUUUAUCAGUACGUAUCAUCAAACCAACUGAUAAAAUUAUUUUGGAUAGUCGAUCGUUGGAAAUAACAAAUAUUAAAUUGGAUAAUGAGAUUGUCGAUUAUCAUGUGAAAAAUGCUGAUAUUUUGGGUGAGAAGAUAAUAAUCAAUGUGGGUAAACGGAAUGAUGGUGAUAAAUUUAAUCUUACUAUCAUCUACAAUACAGGCGAAAAAUGCUCAGCAUUGCAAUUUUUGAAAGCUGAACAAACUGUAACAAAAACAAAACCUUACUUAUUUAGUCAAUGUCAAGCCAUUUAUGCUCGUUCAAUAGUACCAUGCAUGGAUACACCUUCCGUGAAGCAAAGUUAUGAUGCUGUGGUAGCUGUUCCCAGUGAUUUAAUAUGCCUUAUGAGUGCCGUUGCUGUAGGCCAACCGGAAGAAAUUGGAAAAAUGAUGAAAUAUUCAUUUAAGCAACCAAUACGAAUACCUUCUUAUCUUCUGGCUAUUGUUGUUGGAUUAAUGGAAAGACGUGAUUUCAGCGCACGUUGCGCAGUUUGGGCUGAACCUACAGUAAUUGAUAAAGCAUUUUAUGAAUUUGCUGAAACUGAAAAAAUGCUACAAACUGCUGAAAAUUUAGUCGGAAAAUAUGAAUGGGGAAGAUAUGAUUUGGUUGUACUUCCAUCAUCAUUUCCCUUUGGUGGUAUGGAGAAUCCAUGUUUGACAUUUGUAACACCGACAUUAUUAGCUGGUGAUCGAUCAGCAGCAUAUGUGAUAGCUCAUGAAAUUUCACAUAGUUGGACAGGAAAUUUAGUUAGUAAUGCUAAUUGGGAACAUUUUUGGCUUAAUGAGGGUUUCACUACGUUUUUGGAACGUAAAAUUAUAGGAAAACUUAAAGGCGAAAAAGAACGACAGUUCGAGGCUCAAUGUGGUUGGGAAGGACAUUUGAUGGGCGCUGUUAAAGAGCAAUAUUCUGAUGAUCAUCCAUUUACGAAAUUGGUAUUGGAUUUACGGAACAAAGAUCCGGAAGAUGCAUUUUCAUCAAUUCCAUAUGAAAAAGGAUCAGCUCUUCUCAUGAUUCUUGAGCAACAACUUGGUGCAACUCCAUUUAAUGAAUUCUUGAAGAAGUAUAUUGAGAAAUUUGCUCAAAAAUCAAUAGUAACUGAUGAUUGGAAAGUUUUUUUAUAUGAAUAUUUCUCAGAUAAGAAGAAUAUACUUGAUAAGAUCGAUUGGAAUAAUUGGUUGUAUGAUACAGGAAUUCCUAAAACAAAACCUCAAUUUGAUGAUACAGCUAUGCGUGAGGUUGUUGCAUUGGCAGAAGAGUGGACAAAUAUGACAGAUUCUGAAAUAAUGAAUAUUGAUAAUAAGAAAUAUCUCUCACUUUCUGCUUUGCAAAAAGAGAAAGUAUUGAGUUAUUUACGACUGGAAAAAGGAUCAUCACUAUCACAUGUGAAAUUAGCACGUCUAGAUGAGGUAAACAAACUGUCAAAAACUGGAAAUUGUGAUAUUUUAUCAAGUUGGAUUCAGUUAUGUUUAAAAAAUUACUGGAAAGAUAUCAUACCAGUUGCUUUUGAUUUCGUUACACAACAAGGUCGAAUCAAAUAUGUAAGAUCAAUUUAUAGAGACCUCUUUCAAUGGUCAGAAAGUGCUGGUCGUGCAAUUGAGCUAUUCCGGAAAAAUGCUCCAUCAAUGCAUCCAAUUACAGUAUCGAUUGUGGCAAAAUUGAUCCCAAAAUAA